AUGCAAUAUCAGAACCCCAGUGCAUCUUCUAAGCUCCUGCACCCAGCGGUUGGGAAGGUCAAGACGGACAAGAACAACUACAACAAGCUACAAGGUGCACCUCCUGCCAACCUCGAAUUCCCAACUGGCAACUUCACCAUUCCCGAGAUUGCGGCGUUUCAUCCCGAAGCCAUCAAGUCCUGGGACAUGAUCGACCGCUUCUGCGCAAACGGAGGAUCUUCAGCUGUCUAUACGGCUAUGAUCAAUCACUACAGAAUUAUGCCUCGCGGUCAGGUGACGAACAACAGCGUCUACCGCAUGAUGAAGGGCCCAAUGCAGAAGCGCGAGAAUGUCGAUGAGAAGUUCAAGGACUGGACUGUCGGCAUACACAACCAUAUCGAAGGCCUUGAAGAGGUCGAUCCCGAGAGCAUCAGCGUCACCGGCUUUCGCACCCCUAUGGAAGGCAAGAACCCAUGCGUAGCCUCGCCAAUCCCUAUUCGGGAUUUUGCCAAUGGUGUGAAGACUUUUCCCACUGGCCACGAUGCUUUGGAUCUGACCCGCGCGGUCCAAUACUGCCAGAAUCAUCCGAACGAGCAGUGGAUGUACCCGACCGACUACGAGCGUUUGAUCGACCUAAUAGGACCAGCCGCUGUGAAGCGAGCUCAUCUCGAUGGUGCAGCUUUUGCUCGAUAUACCACAACCAAGUUGGCUGCUGGCGUCAAGAACUCCGUCGGUCGCAAGCGCGAUGGACGGGGUCGUCUGCAGAAGGAAGAUUCGCACGAGGAUGAAUACCCGGAUACUGAGUCCGACGACGAGUCCGAUUCCGAUAUCGACUUUAACGCCAUGGAUCAGCGUGGUAGCAAGCGCAAGACUUUCUUAGAUGAAUCAGACGAAUCCGACGAAGGUAAUGAGUCUCGCAAAACCUCAGGCAAGCGCCCAAAGCUCGCGCCUAAAUCUCAUGGCACCGCGAGGCGUUUCAACAAGCAUUCGAUGCUGCGUCAAGAGGUACUGUCCGAUGAUGACAUUGAUUCUGAAUCUGAUAGCGAGCUCUACCAGGGCCCGAAGAAGAUGAAGAAGUUUGCAGAAGUUCGCCGCUCGGGACGUGCUACCAAAGUCACCCAGUCGUACUUGGUUCAUCCGGACGAUGUGAUGGACGACGAGGAGGAGCGCGAUCAGUAG